CGCUCGCAACUCUUGGUUUAUUAGUAACGUUCAAACCGCGCUUCAGUUCAGAUCCCAUAUUAAAUUCGUGCUCUCUGCUUGCGUGUGUGUUCCUCAAAUAAUAAAAUUAAAUACAAAAUCUAUAAACAAUAUCAUUUAAUAUAAAAAUGAGUUCGAAAAUUGUCUACACGGUUGCUAUUGCAUCGUUGGUGAUACUCGGCUUAGCCGUUCUAGCCAAUAGCCAAGCAUCAGAUCCACCAGUUACAAACGUCUGCCUUGGAUGCAUUUGCGAGGCGAUAAGUGGCUGCAAUCAGACAAAAACCUGCAAUGGCGAUGUUUGUGGGCUUUUCCGUAUAACCUGGCCUUACUGGUCUGACGGCGGUAAACUGACAUUGAACAAUGAAUCUCCACAAUCACAAACUGCAUUCCAAAACUGUGUUACCGAUCCCUACUGCGCAGCCGAUACAAUUCAAAAUUAUAUGAAGAAAUUCGGACAAGACUGCAAUGGAGACGCUGUAAUUGAUUGUUACGAUUAUGCUGCCAUUCACAAGUUGGGUGGUUAUGGCUGCCAAUCUGGUGUCACUGGAUUAUAUGCGACUAAAUUGAAUCAAUGCUUGCAGGCUUAUAGUCCAAGCGGAUAAAUUUAAUACUAAAUUACUGAUAACGAUGGAAGAGAAGAAGAUUUUUUUUAUUUCCGAAAAGUGUGUUAAUGCUUUAGGGAAGGACGGUAGCGCCAAAAUAUUUUUUAAUAUGAUUUAUUUAAUAAAAUAAUUAGAAACGAAA